AUGAAGGCCUCGGUGCUCUCCAAGGUGGCUAUUGCCACAACGUGGCGUUUUGCAACCGCCACGAGCGCUCCUCUGGCCUCUGAGAAACGUGAAUAUAACCUCUGCGGCGACUCUACUUUUGUCGACGAGUCUACAGGCGGCUCUCCUCUCGCCUCGGACUGUGAGCAGCUUUGGAGGAACAACAACCAGUAUCCGUACCACCAGUUGACCUUGGGGGUCGAGCGGCCGCUUGUGACAUGGGGUACGUGUGCCUUCAGUGCCACAGCCGUCGUGACCCCGUACCUGGAUGGCAUCUGGUGGACCAACAUAGGGGACGAGGAUAUAACCGAUCUGGUCCGGGACUCCAUCAGCAAAUUCACCCGCGACGGCAAGGUUGGCGCUAGGGGAACAGCUGAGUGCUAUGAUGACACCGCCAUUGACUGGAGGAUUCACCACACCUAG